GAGCUGCCCACGCGGCCCACCAUGCACAUGAAGGGUGCGCCCUGCUCCUGCCCGGUGCUGGGCCUCUGCGUUCUCAUCUCCUUGGCUACAGCUGCCUUCCUGGGCCACGUGCUGCUCCAUGACUUCCCGUUGGUCCCCCGAGAGCUGGGAGGUGUCUUCCAAGGACGGGAGGGCCCCACCCGAGCCCGCCAGCUGGGUUCCCAGGCACCCCUUGGCCGGCCCAGAACCAUACGCACUCAGUGUGACGUGCCCCCCAACAACCGCUUCGACUGCGCCCCGGACCGGGCCAUCACCCAGGAGCAGUGCGAGGCCCGCGGCUGCUGCUACGCACCCACACGGCAGGCAGCUCCUAUGGGGCAGCCCUGGUGCUUCUUCCCACCCAGCUACCCCAGUUACAGACUGAAGGGACUGCGCCCCUCAGAGACCGGCUACACGGCCACCCUGACCCGUGAUGUGCCCACCUUCUUCCCCAAAGACAUCCUCACCUUGCAACUGGACGUGCUGAUGGAGACGGACAGCCGCCUCCACUUUACGAUUAAGGACCCCGCCGCUCAGCGCUAUGAGGUGCCCCUGGAGACGCCGCGGGCCCAAGGCCCGGCCCCUUCUCCGCUCUACAGCGUGGAGUUCUCGGAGGAGCCCUUUGGGGUGAUUGUGCACCGGAAGCUGGAUGGCCGGGUGCUGCUGAACACCAGCGUGGCGCCCCUGUUCUUCGCUGACCAGUUCCUGCAGCUGUCCACGGCGCUGCCCUCACACUUCCUCACCGGCCUGGCUGAGCACCUGAGCCCACUCCUGCUCAGCACCGCCUGGACCAAGGUCACCCUCUGGAACCGGGACGUGGCCCCCAUGCCUGGUGCCAACCUGUAUGGGUCACACCCUUUCUACCUGGCGCUGGAGGAGGGUGGCAUGGCCCACGGGGUCUUCCUGCUCAACAGUAAUGCCAUGGACGUGGUCCUUCAGCCAAGCCCGGCCCUCACCUGGCGGUCGACUGGAGGAAUCUUGGACCUGUACGUCUUCUUGGGCCCAGAGCCCAAGAGCGUGGUGCAGCAGUACCUGGAUGUCGUGGGGUACCCCUUCAUGCCGCCCUACUGGGGGCUGGGCUUCCACCUCUGCCGCUGGGGCUACUCGUCCACGGCCAUCACCCGCCAGGUGGUGGAAAACAUGACCCAGGCCAGGUUCCCCCUGGACGUGCAGUGGAACGACCUGGACUACAUGGACGGCCGGAGGGACUUCACUUUCAACAGGGCCGGCUUCGCAGACUUCCCAACCAUGGUGCGCGAGCUGCAUGAGGGCGGCCGGCGCUACGUGAUGAUUGUGGAUCCUGCCAUCAGCAGCUCUGCCCCCCCUGGGAGCUACCGGCCCUAUGACGAGGGCCUGCGCAGAGGGGUCUUCAUCACCAACGAGACCGGGCAGCCGCUGACAGGCAAGGUGUGGCCAGGAUCCACUGUCUUCCCCGACUUCACCAACCCCGAGGCCCUGGACUGGUGGCAGGACAUGGUGGCCGAGUUCCACGCCCAGGUGCCCUUCGAUGGCAUGUGGAUUGACAUGAACGAGCCGUCCAACUUUGUGAAGGGUUCUGAGGACGGCUGCCCUGACAAUGAGCUGGAAAAUCCUCCCUACCUGCCAGGAGUGGUGGGCGGAGCCCUCCGGGCAGCCACCAUCUGCGCCUCCAGCCGCCAGUUCCUGUCCACGCACUACAACCUGCACAACUUGUACGGCCUGACCGAGGCCAUCGCCUCCCACAGGGCCUUGGUCAACACCCGGGGGACACGCCCCUUUGUCAUCUCUCGUUCCACCUUUGCUGGCCACGGCCACUAUGCCGGCCACUGGACGGGGGACGUGUGGAGCAGCUGGGAGCACCUGGCCUACUCCGUGCCAGAGGUCCUGCAGUUCAGUCUGCUCGGGGUGCCCUUGGUCGGGGCAGACGUGUGCGGCUUCCUGGGCAACACCUCCGAGGAGCUGUGCGUCCGCUGGACCCAGCUGGGCGCCUUCUACCCCUUCAUGCGGAACCACAAUGACCUGCACAGCCUGCCCCAGGAGCCAUACCGGUUCAGCGAAGAGGCCCAGGAGGCCAUGCGGAGGGCCCUGGGCCUGCGCUACGCCCUGCUGCCCCACCUCUACACGCUCUUCCACCGGGCCCACGUCCGCGGCGACACCGUGGCCCGGCCCCUCUUCCUGGAGUUCCCUGAGGACCCUCGAACCUGGGCUGUGGACCAGCAGCUCCUGUGGGGGGAGGCCCUGCUGGUUACCCCGGUGCUCCAAGCAGGGAAGGUGAACGUGACCGGCUACUUCCCUGUGGGCACGUGGUACCCCCUGCACACGAUGCCACUCGAAGCCCUUGGCAGCCUCCCACCUCUGGCUCUGGCUCCCCCCAGCCCUGCCAUCCACAGUGAGGGGCAGUGGGUGACGCUGUCAGCCCCCCUGGACACCGUCAACGUCCACCUGCGGGCUGGGUACAUCAUCCCCCUGCAGGGCCCCGGCCUCACGACCACAGAGUCCCGCAGGCAGCCCAUGGCCCUGGCCGUGGCACUGAACGGGAGUGGCGAGGCUCACGGGGAGCUCUUCUGGGACGACGGGGAGAGCCUGGGGGUGCUGGAGCGGGGGGCCUUCACCAAGGUCACCUUCCUGGCCAGGAGUAACACCAUCGUGAGCCACCUGGAGCAUGUGGCCGGGGAGGCGGCUGGCCUGCAGCUGAGGAAGCUAAUCGUCCUGGGGGUGGCCACUGCCCCGCACCAGGUCCUCUCCAACGGUGUCCCAGUCUCCAACUUCACCUACAGCCCUGACUCCAAGACCCUGGAGGUCCCGGUUGCACUGUCUGUGGAGAAGCAGUUUCUCAUCAGUUGGUCGUAGCCAGGAGGAACCAACUCCCAGAGGCCGGACUACUGUGGGCUCAGGGCCCGGCCACAGAGCCGCAAGCUGCCCUGGCGGUCCCC